AUGGAAAACUCAACGAAUUCAAUUGAAGAUUUGUUUCUAGAAAAUUUAUUUCCAAAUGGAUAUUAUUCAAGUUAUAACAAUGAUGUUCACUAUGGUCGUAACUCGGAUUAUGAUAAUUCAAGUAAUCUUUUCUCGCCAUUAUCAUCAGUUAAUAAUGAUGGCAUGUAUUUGGAAACUAAAAAUAGCAGUACUCCAUCAGAACUUCCUCUUUUUCUACCAGAUGAACAACGAAAUACGCUCGCCAUUCUUGAUAAUCGACAGAUGGUAUCAAAUUCAACUUUUGAUCAAUAUUCGAGUAUUACAAAUAUGUCGAUACUUCAAGAAACAAUUGAAAAUCAAAAUGUAUUAAUGUAUCAAAUGUGUCCAACGAUAUUUGAAAUGAUCGAUGUUGCCAUGUCUGUUAGACAGCAACCGAAGACAAAUAAUCGUAUACGUUAUGAUUGUGAAGAUAUCCAAUUUUUGCCACACUCGCGAUAUCAUCCAUUGACAAUUCAUGUCCAAAAUUUGCAACGUAUUGCAUUACCUAAAAAUCAAACACUAGGUAUCGUCACAACGAUAGUAACAAAUACAAAUAAUCCCAGUGGUCAAACAUUUGUUCAUAUAAAUGAUAUUAUUUAUCGUGAUCCAAAUGCAAUAAAAAUAGCAUAUGGAUGUGUUUUUGUUCCUUUGAGACCAUCUGAUGAUGUAAAAGAGUAUAGACACCUGUCAAUUUUAUAUAAAAACUAUAGUGACUAUACGUUUGAUCUUACACCAUUUAAUAUAAAUACCAUGUUUGGAACAACAGAGAAAUAUACAAUCUUAAAUGAUCAAAAUAUGAAGAAAGUUCGGAAAGCAAAAUGUUUUAGAAUGGACUACAAUCUAUUAUCAUAUAAAUUAGUUUUUCAACUUGCGUUAAAAGCACAUAAUAUGAUAUAUAUUUCAAAUGUCGUAUGUGAAACCGAUAUUGUUCAUGAACAAGUAAUGAAACAAAACUCUGGUAAACGAAAGGCUUUUAAUUCAACUGAAAGUCUUUCAGAAGAGGAAUGCAAUUUCGAAAACCAAGUUUCGAAUUCAUCGAAAAGAUUCAAAUCAUCAACACCACCGUUGAUUGAAUUUUCAGUAAAUAUACAUCUUCAUUGA